UUGGAUUGGGCUAACCUCAAUCUAAGCUAUGGUCUAGUCUCAGCCCUUGCCCACAAAAUGACCUUAAUUUAACCCAUAAAAGAGAAACAAAAGAGGAACGUAACGCCAUUUGAUAUGCCUUUUCUUAGCUCUAAAAGGUAAAACCUCUCCAAGGCUCCCCUUUUUCGCGUUAUUAGAGAAGCGGCUUCUUCAAUCUUCUCAACUCAGAAGCAAAAACUAAAGGGUUGUUUUUUUUUUUUUUCUGGGAAACUUUUUAUCUGAACUUUGAAUUAAAGAAAGAUGGGAAAGAAUGAGAAGACAGGACUGGGAAGAGCCCUGGUGAAGCAUCAUAAUUCAAUGAUACAACAAUCCAAAGAGAAAGGGAGUUUUUAUAAGAGCCAGCAUAAGAAGGUGUUGGAAUCUGUGACCGAAGUUAGUGACAUCGAUGCCGUAAUCGAGCAGGCUGACGAAGCUGACCAACUCUUCUCCAUCCAGCACCCCACCCCUAACCUCCUCAUCAAUUUGGACACAAGCUCAAGCACCAGUGGUAUGACACCUGAAGAUAGGAGAGAGCAACAGAAGAAAGAGGAGGCACUGCAUGCUAGUAGUCUCCGAGUUCCACGCAGGCCACCAUGGAAUGCUGCAAUGUCUGUUGAACAGCUAGAUGCCAGUGAGAAACAAGCUUUCUUAGUUUGGCGCCGGAGCUUAGCAAGCCUUGAGGAGAAUGAGAGACUUGUUCUCACUCCAUUUGAGAAGAACUUGGAUAUCUGGAGGCAGCUUUGGCGGGUUCUUGAACGCAGUGAUUUGCUUGUGAUGGUUGUUGAUGCAAGGGACCCUUUGUUUUACCGCUGUCUUGAUCUAGAGGCAUAUGCAAGAGAGAUUGAUGAGCAUAAGAGAACAUUGCUUCUUGUAAACAAGGCAGAUCUUCUGCCAGUUUCUAUCAGGGAAAAAUGGGCAAAAUUUUUUCACUUUCAUAAGAUUCUCUUUGUAUUCUGGUCUGCUAAAGCUGCUUCUGCUGCAUUAGAAGGAAAAAUGCUUACUGAUCAAUGGAAGACACAAAAUAGCAUGCAAAAGAGUGAUGAUCCUGACACAAAAAUAUAUGGGAGGGAUGAGCUCUUGGCCCGUUUACAGUCUGAGGCAGAAGAAAUAGUCAAAAUGAGGAAAUCGGGCUCUAGUGCCCCCAGGUCAUCCAAUAUUCAAUCUCCUACUGGCAAUGCUGAAGGAACUUCAGCACCACCAGAAAAGGUAGUGGUGGGAUUUGUGGGGUAUCCUAAUGUUGGGAAAAGCUCAACUAUAAAUGCUUUGGUUGGCCAGAAACGUACAGGUGUCACCUCCACUCCAGGGAAGACAAAGCAUUUCCAGACACUAAUAAUUUCUGAUGAGCUGACUCUUUGUGAUUGUCCUGGAUUGGUGUUUCCAUCCUUCUCAAGCUCAAGAUAUGAGAUGAUUGCUUCAGGGGUGUUGCCAAUUGACCGGAUGACAGAGCACAGGGAGGCUGUGCAAGUUGUUGCUAAUAGAGUCCAAAGGCACAUUAUUGAGGAUGUAUACAAAAUUAAUUUACCAAAACCCAAGCCAUACGAAUCACAGUCUCGGCCUCCUCAAGCCUCUGAAUUUUUGAGAGCUUAUUGUGCUUCGCGUGGGUAUGUUGCCUCUAGUGGAUUACCUGAUGAAACUAGGGCAGCCCGCCAAAUCUUGAAGGAUUACAUUGACGGAAAGCUGCCUCACUAUGAAAUACCACCUGUUAUGUCUGAUGGAUUUGGUGAGGAAGAUGAUGGGAAAUCAAGCUUGUCUGAUGUUAAGAAUUCAGAUGCAUCUGAUGUUGAAGAUUCAAUGGAAGAUGUAAGUGAAGCUACACCUGUGUCGGAGCAUGUACUGGAUGAUCUUAGCUCCUUUGACCUGGCCAAUGGACUUUCAUCCAAGAAGGCAACAGUUAAGAAGUCAAAUGCAUCCCAUAAGCACCACAAAAAGCCCCAGAGGAAGAAGGAUCGAUCAUGGAGAGUUGGGCAUAAUGAUGAUGAUGGAAUGCCAGUAGUCCGAGUCUUCCAAAAGCCAGCGAAUUCAGGUCCUUUUAAGGGUUAAUAAAGCAUCCACAGAUGAUGACAUAAGGAAGAGAGAUAACCAUAUACAUACAGCUUAGGCAUGCGUAUGGUUGAAAUGCAGUUUUGUUGAUUUAAAAAUACACAUCCCCCUCUUAUGGGGCCUAAACAGAAAGUAGAUACAUUGGUUGGUGUAUAUCUUAUUGUUGCACUCUUUUGUUUUUUUUCUUAUCCAUCUUGAAUAUCAGAAUAUUUUGAUGGAAAGCAAGCCUUUGUUCAACGUUUAGCUGCUGCUUCACAAGACAUUCGGAAUUGAUUCUGACUAAAAGUUCAAGGUUCAAAGCUCCUAUUGAAGCCUUGAACUUUACUUUUACUAAAAAAGGCAAUCAAAUUAUUCUAAUUCUGACUUGAUCAAACUUGAUUAUGGAGCAUUGAGAUAG